AUGGCAGAGUCAAACUAUGAUAUGGUGGUAGUCGGAGCCGGCUGGUUCGGCUUGGCAGCUGCCAGGGCGUAUAUAGAAACCCAUCCGCACGAGCGUAUCGCCGUGCUGGAGUCGGCCGAGAGCUGUGGAGGCACAUGGUCAGAAGCCCGCCUGUACCCGGGACUCAAGUCCAACAACAUGGUGGGAUCGUACGAGUAUCCUGAUUUCCCCAUGUCCGAAGACGUCUACGGCCUCAAGGAGGGCAGCCACAUACCCGGCGCCGUGCUUCACCGGUACCUGACGGACUUCGCGAGGAAGUACGGUGUCCUGGCGCGCAUGCAAUUCCACACCAAGGUCGAUAACGUCGAGGCGCUACGUUCCCCCGAGUCCGGAUCCGGCGACAUCACCGGCUGGAGACUCACAGUAACCAAGACCAGUGACGCCGCCAGCACCCAGCGCCAAAUCACCACCAACAAGCUCAUCCUCGCUACCGGCCUCACCUCCACGCCCAAUUUCCCACAGUACGCCGGCGCGGAAAAUUUUGAAAGACCCUUGUUCCAUGCCAAGGACUUUUGCCGCCGUGCUUCAGAGUUCAAGACCGCCGAGAAGGCCGUGGUCGUCGGCGGGGCGAAGUCUGCGUACGACGUCGCCUACGCGCUCGUGCAGGGCGGUGCAACCGUGGACCUAGUGAUCCGGUCCAACGGGCACGGGCCGGUUUGGAUUGCACCUCGGCUCGUCACGCCGUUGAAGCGCAGGCUGGACACCCUGCUAAGCACGCGAUGUCUGACGUGGUUCAGCCCGUGCCCAUGGGGUGCAGAGGGCGGUGGGGCCGGGGUCACAAAAUUCCUGCACGGGACGACAUUUGGCAGAUUCUUGGUGGACUCGUUCUGGAAGGUCCUGCAGGGAGAUGUGUUGGGUGCCAUCCGCUAUGAUUCGCAUCCCGAGUUGGCCAAGCUGAAGCCGUGGAACUCGGCCUUCUGGAUCGGAAGCGGGCUGAGCAUCCUGAACUACGAUACUCCGUUCUUCGACCUGGUCAAGCAAGGCAAGAUCCGGGUCCACAUCGAUAACAUCGAUCAUCUUGAGCCGGGCAAGGUGGUGCUUUCCUCGGGAGACAUUCUGGAAACAGACGGUAUGGUCUGCUCCACAGGGUGGAAGAAGGAAUCGUCCAUCAAAUUCACCGGCCUCGACCAAGUUGCCCUUGGUCUCUCACAGGCCCUUGUGGAGGCAGACAGGCUCAAGCUAAAUGCUAAGGCCGACAGCGAUGUUUUGACAGCGUUCCCACGCCUCAAAGACCAGCCCCAGCUGCGCUUCCAGCCUAAGGAGGCUGAUCCUUUGCGAUAUUACCGCUUCAUUGUACCUUCAUCGAUGCUGGAGUCGAGGAACCUCGCCUUCGCCGGUAUGGUCUCGAGCGUCAGCACGGCUGUCACCGCGACGGCCCAGGCGGCCUGGAUCACGGCAUUCCUUGACGGCAAGCUGGACAGGAUCGCAACGACGCCAGAGGAGGUCACGCAGGAAAUCAUGCUGCACACUCAGUGGGGGAAGUGGCGAUACCCCUGUGGAUACGGGGCAAGUCUGCCAGACUUCGUGUUCGAAGGACUGCCUUAUGCAAAUAUGCUGAUGAGAGACAUGGGGCUUGAGACGCAUCGGAAACCUUCAUGGGUGAAGGAAUUGCUUGAGCCGUACACGCCUCCUGAUUUUGCUGGCAUUUUGGAUGAGUGGGUGGAAAACCACCCGGUGAAGGCUUGA